AUGAUUAAAACAGAAGAAGAAGAUCCUGUCGUGCAGGAGAUCCCUGUGUUUCUGUCGCAGGCAUUAGCACAGAAUCUUUACAUAUAUCAAUAUCCAGUGAGGCCAGCAAAUAGGGACUGGAAAGAUGUGAAAGUAGUGAAUGCGUGUGUUAAGCCCAGGAACAAGAUGGUGCGGCUAGAAGUGGGCUUGGACACGUACAGUGAUAGGUACUGCUCGUCUAAGGGCGAACAGAUCGCGCUUAACACCGAUGGUCAACAGGAAUCAUCUUGGCACAUCAAGGAGAAGGACAAGUCUCAAUACUUCAAGCAUGGAGUUAUGGAUAAGAUUGUCUAUGAGAGCAGUGCACCUGGCACUGAGACACAGCACUAUGCAGUAGCCAUUUUGCAAGAUAAAGAAUUGCACUGCACACCAAUACAAGGAAUCAUCCAAAUGCGGCCUUCAUAUUCCUACUAUGACAAGCAAGACAAGAGAAAAACUGAUAAAAACAAAGCUGAUUCUGAAGAUGAAGAAAAAGAACCUGAAGCCCAGCAGGUUACGGUCAAAUUUGCGCGCCAGGAAACUGAAGUAUCUAAGAAGGCCAAAGAGAAGUCGUAUGAGACUAUCGCACAGCGCAUCAAUGAAGAACCGUGGUUCGAUGCUCUCUGGAAAAGUUCCGAAACUGAUCAUGCUGAGUUGGAGCGAUUGAAGCUAUUCAGUGCUACUUCAUCAGACGGGUCGGCAUUAACGGUACGUGCGAAGGAGUACGUGCGCGCGUUAGUACCGGCUCCACCUGAAGAUGAGGCCGACAUAGCGCCCACUAAGCGACCUUCACCGCACGAACAAAUUAAGGAAAUAUUGAUGAGAGCAAAAUUGAUGACAUUCAACGACCUCCGGUCCUUGGUCCGCACGGAGGAAGGUCCCCUGACGCCGGCGGCGCUGCUGUCGGCGCUGAGUGGCGCGGCGUGCUGCGUGCGCGGGCUGUGGGCGGCGCGCUCCGCCGACCUGUACACGCGCGCACUGCCUGUACCCGCGAGAUUACUCUGUGCUGCCAGGGACCAUGUCUUGUAUCUCUUCACUCAACAUUCCUACAUCGACCGACGGAAGGUAGCUGCGGCAGUUCGUCUGCCCCCUGCAGAGGUGUUAGAAAUUAUCCGCUCAGUAGCGAAGUUCAAUCCUAACACUGGCUGGGAGCUGAUUAUACCACCUGACCUCGCGUUCGAAGCUAAAUACCCAGAAGUUGUACAAAGACAGAACUUGUACUGGGAAGCUCGACAGAGGAUGUUCAAUGAAAUGUUGAUUGGAGAAAACAUACCCAAAAGGCAAAGAAAGAAAUCUCAAAGAGAUUCAGUUUCAUCCGACACAAUGAUGAGUCCGAAACCUCGCUGCAACAGUGUGACUGAAGAAGAAAGUGAUAAAAAGAGACACAAAAAUAAAUCUGCCACUGGCAGUGGUAAAAGGACUAGGAACACAAGUUCCAGCAGUGUGCAGGAUGCGACGUGA